AUGGAAUCUCCACGGGCACUGCUUGCGAGGGAACUUCCCAACCUGAUCCAGUUUGGGGGGGCCACCGCGCCCUCAGUAUCAAGUGAGAGGGUUGCGCGAGCUACAUGCAUCUGUGGCCAGACUUCAACGCCCAGAUACGCCCGAGGGGACUCCUACUUUGUAGGAUAUGAGCUGGGCCUCACGACUCGGGUUGCCCGCCAUAUCCACGAGCCUGUCGCGAAAGCCUUGUCCCUGUCGAAUAUGCUAUUGAAGUUUGGCGAACUCCAGGCGUUGACCCCCAAUCCACUGGUGAUUCUCGAUAUUGCCUUAGCUAUCUUCGGGCCCGAGAUCCCUCCCAGAACCCCUCGAAUGACCCUGGUUGCCGCCGGGGAACUCAAGACAUGGUGGACGGUGAAUCUGGGGGACGUCACCGUGAGAUCCAGUUUAAACAGGCGUGCUUACCUCGAGCCAUACGUCGAAACGUCCGGCUACACGCGCGUGCUGCCUCCUUGGCCGUCGCCUGCGGGGAUCAACGCCAUCUCCGAGGACGAGCUGUGA